GCCACAGCUUCUCUGGGCACCCUGUGCCAGGCCCUCCCCACCCUCACAGGGAAGAGUUUCUUUCCAACAUCUGAUCUAAACCUCUGGCAGUGAAGCCAUUCCUCUUUGUCCUGCCCAUGCCCUUGUCCAAAGUCCCUCUCCUUCUUUCUUGUGGGCUUCAGGCCAGUUUGUUCAGCCCUGGGCUGUGCUUGAUAGGAAAAUGUCCGAAACCUGCAUUUUCCCUGGAUAGACAUCACAUGAAGGAAUUCUGAGCUUUUCCUUGCCUCCACACCUUUGUUAUGUCUGGCUGGCAGGUCUCAAAUGUUUUGGGGACUCCUGGACUGCUCAGGAUCUGGGUGAUCAGGGAACUCUGUUCCCACAGGGAGUUUCUCAGGACAGGACAUGGGUGACAGUGCGAGUGCAGUGCAGGCUGUGGUGGUGACUUUGUGGCACAGCCCCUUUUUCCUUUUCCCCCGAGGGUGGCACAGGUGAGUCUGUGCAGCCGAGGCUCGGGACAGCAGGAUCAACACCUGGCUCCUGCCCACGGAGCUCCGGCAGCGCCGAGUUCCUGUUGAAAUGUGGGAAUUGCUGCUGCCACAAGGGCAGGCUGCCACUGUCCUCUGGUCAUUUGAUCUCUCAAUGAGCCUCACCUGGGCCCUUGUUGAGGCCUGCCAGCCCCGAGGGCACACAAAGGCCCCGAUUGUGGCUCCUGCCCCUGCCGGGGGUAAGCAGGAAGAGCCGCGUCGGGCACUGACAGCAGCGCUCAGCUCCCGCUCCGGCCUCAGGUUUCCCCCUCCCGCGGAGCCCUUUGGCUGCGAAGGACAGGUAUUUAUGUCCCAUGGACACAAGUUCAGGUUUUCCAGGUGUGCCUGGAGCCGGGAUCAUGCCCAGUCUGUGCGUGGGCAGGAGGCAGAGCGGCAGCAGCCAGGUCCUUGCCUGAAGUGGAGGAUGGAAGGAGAGGACGGCACCGGCCGUGCUGCCCCUGCAGACAGGAGGGCCACAGCACACUUCCCAGCUCCCUCCAGGACCUUCUGGAUCAUCUUGUCCGUUGCCUUGUUGUUUUUUGCAGUUGUUGGCGUCAUUGUCAUGGGGGUUCUCAGCUUUUCCCCCAGCUCUGCCCAGGCUGGCUCCCAGCUCAUCCGAGUGACGCUCCAGGGCCAGCAGGACCCGCUGAGGAACCAGACAGCUGUGGUGGACAAGGCCAGGAGCACUGUCACGUACUACAUCACCUCGCAGAGCAACCGGAGCGCCGUGGUGCUGUACGACAGCAGGAACGGCUACGUGUGCUACAAGCCACUGGAGCAGCGAACCUGCUACCUGAGGAGGAUGGACCCCUGGGACCUGCAGACCCUGCAGACGGCUCUGAACACCUCUGAGCACAGUGCUGAGCAGCUGCUACACCACAACAACCAGACCAAGUUCUACCGGGAGUUCCUGGGCAUUGUGGCAGGGGAGCAGGUGGACCCCAGGGGCCUGGGGGAGGCUGUGCAGACCCUGUGUGAGCAGACAUCCAUCUUCUGGGUGCGGAGAGGGCAGGGGCCGGGGAGGCAGCGCCUCAUCUACCUGUGCAUUGACAUCUGCUUCCCCAGCAAUAUCUGUGUCUCCAUCUGCUUCUAUUACCUGCCUGAAUAAGUGCUGCAGCCAUGGCCGCCCUCUCUGCCCUCAUACUUGAACUGGAUUCCUGAAAAGCCUCUGACUUCCACAAGGAAGGGAUCACCUACAGCAUCCCCAGAGCUUCCUGAUGAUUCCAUGCUGCAGGUCAGGAGAGUUUAGAGAAACAGGAGGCCUCUGCUCAGUACUGUCAGCACAGACGCUCUGCAGCUCUGCUCCAGGGCUGUGCCUCGUUCGUAGGAAUUAGGAGACCCAGGCCUAGAGGAAUCCUGGGAAGUAGCUGGAGUUCUGAGGCUCCAGGCUCUGUUCAACACAAGGUGGUUGUUGCAUCUGCAGGGGUGGUUGGCUUUAGGAGAGCAGCUCUCCAAGUCACCCUGUGAAAUACUUUGAAUAAAGGGAUUGCAAACUGA